AUGAGUUCAAUUGAACAACUCGAAACACUUCGAAAUGCUGAAUUAUAUGAUGAUUGUAAAACAUUGGCAGAAUUUAUUUUAACACUUGAUGAAUGUGGAAAAGAUUAUUUGGAUAAUGAACAACGUCUAAUAGUUUAUCGUUGUUUAGCAGAUUCAACUUGGUUUUUACAUGAAUAUCAUUUAGCAGAAUCUUAUUUGAAAAAAUUAUUACAUAGUUAUAAACAAUUAGAUAAAAAUAAUACGAUUAUUGAACCUGAUUGGCUUAUUGAAAGUAAAUAUCGUCAACAUGUAUGUCUGUUGAAAUUAAAUCGAUUGAAAGAAGGUCUUACUAUUCUUGAAUCUAUUCCAUUACAUCAACGUACAGCAAAAAUUCAUUUAGCACUUGGACAAUGUUAUCAAAAAGUUGGAGGAUCAACACAAGAAUCAGUUAGUGCUUAUCGUGAAUGUUUAAAACAAAAUCCUAAUACAUUAUCGGCUUAUAUUGCAUUACUUGCACUUGGUGUUAAAUUAAAUGAUCUUCUUCAUACACAUCCAUCAGCUGCAUCAAUCCAUCAUGAAAAUCAAGCACAACAACCAGCACCUGUAACAAUAUCACCAUUAUUACGUCAAUCAUGGUUUCGAGCAUUAUUACAAGCUGAUGCUUGUUCAGCUAGUCGAGAUUUUUCUGAAGCAUCAAGACUUUAUCAACAAAUUGAUGCACAACAUUUACCACAAUCAACCUAUGUUUUAUCACAACUUGGUUAUACACAAUAUUUAAAUGGUGAUUAUGCACAAGCUUUACAUAGUUUACAACGAGCACAACAAAUUGAUCCAUUAUUAUUAAAACAUAUGGAUAUACUUGCAUUUCUUACUUAUACAGAAUGUAAAGAUAGUUCAUUAGACAAAUUAGUUAAUCAUUUAAUGUCAUUAGGAGAUCAUCAUCCUGAAACAUGGAUUGCUAUAGGAUAUUAUUGUUUAAAAAAAAAUCAUAAACCAUCACGUACUGUUUAUCUUGCUCAAAAAGCUUAUGCAUUAGAUAAUACAAAAAUACAAGCUUUAUUACUUAAAGGUCUUGCAUUAUAUAAAUUAAAAAGAUAUUCAGAUUCACUUGUUCAUUACAAAGAAGCUGUACGUUUAACGCCUUUUUGUUUCGAAGGAUAUAAAGGUGUUGUUGAUGGUUAUUUAGCAACGAAUAGAUUAAGUGAUGCAAAUAUGUUUAUAACAAAUGCUGUUCGAACAAAUUUAAAGGAAAAUGUUCGAGCAUUUACAUUAUGUGGCCAAGUUCUUGCAAAAGAACCAUCAUCAUUAGAUAAAGCUCGAUUUUAUUUAGAAAAAGCACUUUCAUUUAAUACAAAAUAUACUGAUGCAAUUAUUUCACUUGUUGAAGUUUAUGGACAAUUAAAACAACAACAGAAAAGUAUAGAAUUAUUAAAAGAACAUGUACAAAUAAAUAAUGAUCCACGUAUUCGUCAAUUAUUAAUUGAAAAUUUAAUGAAAUCAGGUAGUAAUGAAGAAAUGCUUCAACAAGUUGUUCGAAAUUAUCCAACAUCUCAUUUUGAACGACUUGAACGUGAAAUGAAUGAUGAUUCAAGUUUAGAUGGUGGACGAUUUGAUACUGGACCAAUGGGAGAUCUUGAUCCAAUGUGUGAUGAUGUUAUUGGCGAAAACUUUAGUGAUGAAGAUCCGUAA